AGAUGAUGAUGACGCAGUCAUACUACGGCGGCGAAUACGACUCCCUUGGUCGAUCAAACUUCAGAGCCCCCCUUGGUGCUGUUUACUAUGGCCGAUCAGUCGCUUACGAUCAUCCAUAUUAUGACUCAGCCCACCACGAACUCCGCUCGGAAUACCCAGGUCGCCCAGGUGCGCGUACACUAAUACACGAGCACAAUCCAGACAAUGGACCUGGUAGCAAUUCGCGCCGUCGCAUUCAAGUUGCAUGCUCUCGAUGCCGGCGACGCAAAAUUAAAUGCACUGGGGAUCCCGGCGACGGUAGUGGCUGCUCAGCUUGUCGUUCAGCACAGGCAGAUAAGUCGUCGUGCACUUUCAUUCGUGUGGGCAGUUGCGAAAUGCCAAUGCCUGGAGUGGAAGCUCUGCCUACCAGCAGCACCAGCGCAUCGAGUUCCAUACCAAUUUCAGCUCCGUACACCUCGGAGGCGUCCUCAAGCUCGUACAGCAGCAGCAGCAGCAUGGAGCAAACAAGCCACAGCCGUCCAUCGUUGCCAAUGCUACACACGCGCAUGGCGUAUCCAGAACACGAGUCGUACGAGACUUCUCCGGUCGAGGACUAUACCUAUGCCUCGAAUGCACCUCCAAGGCACGAUUCCAUCCCAAGCAACUACGGCACCGAAGGUUUUCGUCCUUACAUACCAGAAUCAAUGGCACCUUCUUCUGUCAACGCUCAUAUGUACUAUGAG